AUGGUCGACAACCAGCGUCUGUCCGAGCCUCGCCCUCCAACUCCUCCACGGUCAUCUUCCUUGCUGGGCGGAGAUGUGUGCCAGUCCGCAGACGACUCAAUUGCGCUUGCAGCUCCCACGACUCUGCCGUCGUCCUCAGAUGCCACUCCACAGCCGCUCUCCGACUCGCGGUCAAAACGAGUCAACUUCUCCCCCAUGGCGAGCUACAUCAGGCCCCCCGAAUUCACAGACCAAAGCACAAAGUCACGAACACGGCUAAGAUCCCUCCCGCCUUCCUCCAACCAAGGCGUGCCAGCCAAGUCGAUCCUCAAAUCCAGGGCGUUUGCAUCCGACAAUAUACAAUCAGAUGAGCUCCGAUCUAGCCCUCCCGCCGACCUGUCGGGAUUGCUUAGCUCCGUCAUUGAACAGCUUUCGGGAAGCUCCCACCUCCUACGACGAGAUGCUUAUACGCAGCUAGUGGGCAGUCUUUCUGCGUACUGUGACCAGCCUGAUGCAAACUCCAUAAUCGAAAACAUUGAUCUCUUCGUCAGCUGGAUAAAACGGGAUAUCAAUGCUGCUCCUUCCUCUCACAACGAGUCAGACUUCUCGCUGGCACACCAAGCUCUAAACCUGCUGAAUAUGCUCGUAUUUAAGCCCGAAACUUCACCUCGCAUACCGGAUGAGUUCAAGACCUACAUCCUCGACCGUGCCAUUUCAUCAAUCCAGGACAACUCGACCCCCAAAACUAUCGUUAUCGACUACAUGAGGCUUCUUAGCGUGCAGAAUUUCUCCCCCAGGAUUCUUACCAGUGCCAGGGUAGCCCGGCUUUUGGAUACCGUCAGGGGCGGGCCGGAUCGAGUAGGAGGGAAGGCAGUGACAGCUCUACGACUGAAUAUAUACGAUCGAUUGUUUUCUCAGGCGCGUUCCGUGUUUACCUCACAUGCCAGUUUUUGGAUGGAUAACCUCAUUGCUGGUCUACUACACAAGGUCAAGGAUGUCAGAGCAAAGGCCAUCCAGUUAGGUUUUAGAAUAACGGACUCCCUGGGGCCCAGUACACCUGUCUUCAAAGCAAUCGAGGACGUUCUCAGCCUUCCUAUGGACAACGAUGCCAAAUUCGUGAACGACCUCUGUGAUCGGUUAAUGACCAUGAUUGCAAGCAGGGAAACAAGCCCACACGUGCCUCAGAUUUGGAGUGUUGUUACCCUCCUUCUAAGGAGCCCACGGUGGCUGAUAGAGAAGUGGGACCACUUCAAGUCUUGGAUGUUGAUUAUUCAAAAGUGUUUCAACUGCAGUGACUUUGCCACCAAUUCACAGGCUCUCCUCGCCUGGAAUCGUCUAGUAUAUGUGGCGCAAUCUCCUGACGGCAGCCGAAGUCAAAUGGCCAAAUUUCUACUCAGGCCAAUUGACUCACAGUUGGAAAGGAAGAAAGUCUCAAAGCGAGGUGCACAUACUGACCAGGCAUUUUCGAGCUACUGCAACCUCCUCUACUAUUCAUUCAGACCCGGAACAUCCUUUGAGCGCCUGGAUUCAUACUGGGCAGAAUAUAUCACAUCCCCAAGCUUGAGAGUGUUAAAAUGGAGCUCAGGAAAUGCCCUAGGUCUUUGUCGAAUAGUAGCCAUGUUACUAUGGAACUCCCACCCUAAAGUCUGGGAUGAGAAAAAGGCUAUCGAGACCACCAAGGUCGAACCAGAGGAUCUCCCCCGACUUGAUUGCAGGUGGGUUCGGUCUAGAAUUUCAAAAGUCUUACCGGUAUUCGAAAAAUCAUUCGAUCUCUUCAUUGAGCACGAUUACCCUAUAGAAGAGUCCCCGAUCGGACUAGCCUGGAUUCAUUUAUCCCGAAGCCUUGCCGAUGCAUCAAAUAAGGAAAUUCAGCCUUCUACGGAGACAAUGGAAGCUGUCGGUUCCAUACUUGAAAGCUUGCAGCGAAUCUGGAAGAGCACUGGACAAAGAUCAGUGGCUGGGGCCAAGAAUGGGGACAGCAUUUUCUUUGCACAAUUUCUCUUCCUUGUCAAAACCAUCAUACCUACUAUGGGAUCUGUCGCCUUUACUGAAAAGGUGCUGCUGAAGACCUCCCUCGAAACCUUUAGCAUAGCCCAAACUCCUACACACCGUCGCCCACACCCCAAUGGUGUUAUCAGAUCUCCGAUUCUACAUCUUCUUCAAUACAUAUGCCGCUCCUCCUACUCAACAUCCAUCCCUCGCUACAAGGCCCUGCUCCACGGCAUAAUAGAAACCGGUCUGCUUGGCCGAGCAUCCAGAGGUUCACGCUUAGAUCUACUACGUCAGUUCGCCGAAUCAGUGCUUGGACCCACCGACGAAACGCUUGAGCUAAACCCUGACUCCGUCGAAGGAGUCUGGAAGAGUAUUUCGACUUUCACCCAAGAAGCACUAACGAUUUCCAACAACGACAACAACGCUCCGGGAAAAGAUGACUCUUCAUUCCGUGACUACGAUAGGGUUAUGAGCAUACUUGAAUAUGCCACAAAAUAUGGCAUCAACAGCUCUGAGUGGUCCUCGCUGUUUCAGACAUUGGGAGCAGUGGUUCGCAAUGAAAAGGGCGAUAUUAAUACUUCGUUGCUCGUUGAGUCAUUCGUUAACUCGUUGCUUCGCAAAGGCCGACCCAUGAGUAUUGGCGAAAUGCCAUUAUUUAUGCACCAAAUCUCCUUCCCACGAGAGCCAGCUAUGGAAGGACAAUCAGCCAAUUCGCCAACUGCCGCUAAGAGCCGUCACAAUAACCAACGAUUUUGCGACAAGGUCGUUACUCUGGCAAACGAAAAGCUUUUAGAUCUAUACCACUCGCAGCCCGAGACAAGCACUACAGAUGCGCUUGGCUUCCUUGACGAAACCUCGCAAUGGCUCGAGCGAUGUCCCGUGAAUUACCGGAUUGUUCUACUAGAGCGACUACAGACCGGAAUUGCUCCGUGGUUAGCUGAUACAAGUCGAAAGCUGACCCUAGACGCAGGCAUUGACAACAGCAUAUUAACUUCUGCCCGAGCUUUGAUCGCUAUGACUAUCUGCAAUUUAACAUCUCUUCGCGACACCAACACCGACCUCCUUAACAGACUAGGGCCUUUGAUGACCGCUGGGUUUGAAUCGCAUCACAAGUCAACCGUUAAUAAGUUCAUCUCAAUGUGGAAUACAUCCUUUGGCUUAGAGGAGAGCUUGGUAUAUCCCGUAUCACUGGAAGCAAUUCUGCGAAAACUCAGCGCUUACGUGGAGCUUCAGCUCCCUAGCUUCCCCCAGCGGUCAGAGUUGAAGGCUAUGUCUCCACCACCAGAAUAUCUAAGUUCACAAGAGGGCAUAGAUACUCGUACGCCGACCCAAAAAUUCAAGCCAGGGAGCAGGAACCAUACUCCUCAAUCUGUUCCAGUCAGUCAUAGGAGCAGCCGCAAGAGAAGGAUGACGCAGAGGAACAGUACAACAACACCUAAGCGACUCCGUCAUGACGAUUCGCAAGUUCAAUUCAUUACCGUUGAGCCAUCACCUACCUCCACCGGAGCGUUAGAAUCACAAUUUAUGACGGAGAACCAAAAAUCUGUCCGGGAACGGCAGCAGAAGGACGCUGCAAUCAUGUUCCCAGACAUCCACGCUUCAAAGCCAGCAUCAAGGCGAAAAACCUUUGAUGCGCCUGGCAGCGAUGCAGCAACUCCAACUAUCCCACCGGAAGUGGCAAACAUUGAGGAUGUUCAAUCUUCGCCUACGCCCGCUAGUAGAAGCCCUCGCGCGCCAUUCACGGACGUGGAUUUGACAUCUUUCCCCUCGACUGUCGAAUGGAGCUUUUCUACAAACGGGGACCCUCCUUCCUCGCCUCCACAGACCGUACCCUCGUCACAAGCGAUAGAACUGACGCCCUCCAUUCUCGGUCGUACAAAACUCAAGGGUGCUCAGAAAGCCAUUUCUGAGGAGUCCCCUAGCGGUAAAGAUAGCGAGGAUGCACGUCCUACGCCCAGGCGGAACACAAGAGCUUCGCAGAAGACUAAGUCUGCCAAGGGAGGUGACAGAGGCGGUGAUGGCGAAAAUGCUGAUGUCGUCCCUGAUUCAUUCAGUGACCCCCUCGAACAGCAGAUUGCUUCCCAGCUAGAGCAAGACCUUGAACUUUCGAUGGAUCUGAAUGUGUUGGAGGACAAGCCAUCAAAGACAAAAAAUAAGCUAGGUCGGAACCGAAAGCGAAAGAGAAACUGUGAUACCUCAUCCGCCAGUAAGCAGCGGCCACAGACGCCAAUCGUUGAGAUAACGAUCGAGUCACAUGUACCCCAGUUACCUCAAGCUGCGGUUAGUGCUGAGCUUGACGCCACGUCAAUCGCAGACAAUUCGUCCACGAGCCAGAGGCGCUCUGUCGGCGGUAGAAAGAGAUCCAGCCCUUCUCAAGUAGAAGCGAGCGGCCAAGACGCCCACGACGAAGCCCUACCGGCACCGAAGAAGCGGAGAUCCCCUCGGCUUCGUGGGCAAGCGGUUGAUGAAGAGGCCAGUGCUGAUGUCAUAGAGCCCAAGCAGGAGACACCAAAGGUGCCAACCCCAGAGGAACACGCGAUUGAUGCUGCUCCAGGAGAAGAGACUCAAAUUGAAGCUGAACCUGAACCUGAACGACCACAAACACCGUCACGGACUCCUCCACAACCAAGAGAGCAGGCAUCUCCGGGGUCGUCCAUCCUCCAGUCGCUUAAAGCCAUCCUCGGUUCGAUUAGGAACGUCUCGUUUGGACGGUCCACUCUUCGCGAGCUGGAUGAUGUGAUGUUUGACAUUAAAAUGGAGGCGCACAAUGCGUGUAAGCGGGACGAGUGA